UAAAAAAAAACAUAAAAAACAUUAUUACAAAUAUAAAUAUCUCCGAAAUUUUGAUAAUGUGCUUUUUGCCAUAUGCUUGCAGCCAACCACAUGACUGUAUUAGAACCGAACAUUCUAUAUCUGGAUGAGAAGCCGCCAAAAGUUGUUAAAACUAAGAAACUAAAAACAAAUAAAAAAUCCACUAAAAAGGCUCCAAGUAGAAUGAAAGCCAAACAAAAAAUUCCCUUGACUUCAAGAAAGCGAUCCACCAAAAUAAAACAAGAUUAUAUUAUCAAAAAAGAGUUGUGUAUAUAUGAGGAUCAGCAGAAAAAAAUAGAACAUAAUGAUCCUCAUGAUCCCUUGUACACGGCAAAGUUGGAAAUAAAAUGCGAACUGGAUGAUGAGAAUCCAAAUGAAAGCAUCGAAUACGAUUGUGAAGCUGAGGAACAGGAAGAUUUUGAUAAUGAUGAUGACAAUGAUUAUAAUUAUGAACAUGACAUGUUUGAGAGUAAACGGGAAAAAUCGGAUGAUGAGUAUGAUGAAUAUAAUGAGAAUGAAGAGGAUGAAGAAGAUGAACCAUUGAUAUUGCUAACACGUCGUAAGGGCAGGUCUGGUAAGAAAAUACAAGAGCUAGAUGAUGAAAAGAUCAAAGUUCCUCGCAGCGUUGUAUGUCGUGAACUAUGUAAGCAACAUUGUAUCGAGAAAUUUACCGAGGAACAGCGCAAGAAUAUUUGUGAUUAUUAUUGGAAUCUAAACAAAGAGGAUAGACUGGUCUUUAUACGAAAGCAUAUAAGAGCCAGACGUUUGACACGUAUGAAACGGGUAAAAGUUAAUAAAAUUCGAGCCAACAACUGUUGUUAUUAUCUCAAGCCGUACAAAAUAGGCAGCGAUGAAACUACUCCCGAGCACUGUAAGGAUUUAAUACGAGUUUGUCGUAAAUUCUUUGAAGCCACCUUGUGCACCACAAAUCACUUUAUUAAAAAAGCCAAUGAUGGCACUGUUUUGGAAAUUGAAAAAGAAUUACUGAUGCUCAGUCAAAUGAAGUUGGCUAAGGAAAAGGAAAGAAAUCAAGAACCCAAACAAAUAUUAGACCCAGAAACUGGCAAUUUAAUUACUUUGGAACCUGGCAAAUCAAAUAAAACAACAAACCCUAAACCACAGAAUCCUGACCAAGAAAAACAGGAGAAAAAGAAACGCAUACGUCGUAAACCGGGUGAUCCAGUACCAGAGCAUUUUCCGAAACCCAUCAAUUGUGCGGUGCGCUGCAUACACAAAUGUCAUACAAAAUUCAGCGAGGAAGAACGAAAACAGAUUUGUGACUUUUUCUGGUCUAUGGACUUCAAAAGACGCAAAGACUUCGUUUUGGCCAAUUUAGAAAUUAAAGACAUUGAAACGCAAACAACACCAGAUUUUCGUACAUCUAAUCGACCGCCUCGGACUCAUCAAAGACGUUUCUUUCUGCGAUCUGGCGGCAUGCGUGGGGAAAACUUGAGAGUCUGCAAAGAUUUUUAUACCAAAACACUGUGUAUUACCGGUUCAUUUAUUGAUAAUGCCGUACAGUUUGCUGACAAAACAACAGGCUAUUACACAGGCACCGAUAGACGCGGUGGUCAUGUUCCCAAUAAGAAAACCGAAGCACGCAAACAGAUCGUACUAGAUCACAUCGAUUCAUAUCCGUUUUGGAUACCAAAUAAGAAAACCAAAACCAAAUAUCUGCAUCAUUCUCUGACCAUAAAGAAAAUGUAUGAUGCCUACAAAGAGAAAUGUCUGGCAGACAAAAUAAGUUACGUCUCCACCUUCUACUAUUACACUGCGUUCCAUGACAAUUUUAAUUUACUGUUUCUAGCUAAUCCACAUCCCAAAAAGGGAUGUGCCUUACAAAAAGGAAAUCCCAAUAUAUCCCAUUAUACUGGUGAAGAGCCUGGAGGAUGUUGGAUUGAUAGUAAAGGCAAUAAACUUGAUUUACAAAGAAUUAAUCCCACAGAAAGCUUAAAUACCUGCCAAAAUAAUUCAUCUGCCAAUGUUUCGGAAAAUUCUUCGUUGGUGCCUAAUCCUUUUGCACCUGCAACUGCUACCACAUCACAUCGAGCAUUAAAUGUUGUUAAUCCCACUUCUUUUAUGUCAAUUAAUUCAUCAGUAAAUCAAUCAUCAUCACUUGCAGGUGUUAGAUCUGAUUUAAAUCCUGGCCUUUAUGGAAAUUUGCUACAGGAUCCCAUAAACAUGUUUAGAAUGCUUUAGUUUUAAUUUCUUUUAAAUAAAUGUUAAGAUGGUUUUUGUAAAAUAAU